GUGCCCAAACUUUUGCAUGCCACUGUAUGUAUAAUAAUUGCCAUUAUUGUCCCCUUGCUACUUUAAUAGGGGCAACAUCUGUGACCCAUCUUUCUAUUUUCUCAGCUAAGAAAUUCAGCUAUUAGUCCAAACGCAACUACAAUUCAGCCACCGAAAAGGCAGUUCACUGAAGGGGAAAGGAUGUGGGGCAUGAAAGACAUGCAGUUAGUUUUGGUAUUGGUUAUUUUCACUUCACAUCUAUCUAUGCGCUAUGCUUUGCUUAUCUACAAAGCAAAGCAUAGCGCACAGUGAACUUUGACCUGUAAAUUCACAAACCUUGGUUCUUUUGAAUCAAUAGAAAACCAGUGGCUGGGAUGAUGGUCUCUCCUCGGUAAAAUUGCAGGGAAUUUUUCAUCAUUUUAGAAAUAGUAAUAGUAACAGUUUUUGUGGUAAAAUUGAUUUCCUUGUUUGCAGUGCUGGCACCUCUGGCGCAAUAAUGUCUGUCCACAAAAAAUUUGCAGUGUAUAAGCCUGAGAGAAUGAGUAUUGAGUAGAACUUGUGGAGAAGUCAACUGUACUGUGUGACAUGUUUGUGAAAUAUAUGACAAGUGCUGACACGGGAAAUACUACAGCACAAAAAUGUCCAUAUUUUAUCUUUCAUGUGAACAGUAAUACCCUGGUAACAGUCCAUUCGUGACUUACUGAAUUACUGACAUUUGGGCAAUGAAUGAAAUAGAAAUAUUGCUCUCAACCUUUUUCUGACGUAUUUUCACAUUUUUCUACAUUUUACUUGACCUUAACCUACAGUUCACCAGCUUUGAAAUAGCCCACAAGCUACUCAAAAAGUCGGCCUACUAUUAAAAACAUUUGAACAUACAAUAUAUCUCCAUCAGAAAAAACACAUUUUAAAACAGGUCAACAACCAACAUGAUGUAUAAAGUACGUAAAAGAAUACAACACUGGUUUGCUUAUAAGGGAUAGACUGAUGUGUUUUAGUUAAUUUGUACUUUAUAAAAAUUAUUUUGUGUGGGGUUUUUUGUGCGUGUGUUUCUGGAUCUCUCAUGACUUGCAGGGCAAACAAAUAGUGAGCAGAGAUUUGCAUUGAGAAGCUUCUACUCUACCAGUUCCCAUGUUUAAAAGUCUCUCUAACUGUUUCUGUCUCUGUUUCUCAAAUGGUGAGGAUGAACUAUGUGGGCCAGUUGCUGGGGACAUUCAGGGAGCUGUAUAAAGGCCUAAAUCAGGCUACUCUUUCUGGCUGUAUUGAUGUGGUGGUGGUGAAACAGCCCGAUGGAUCUUUCCAGUGCACACCAUUCCAUGUCCGCUUUGGGAAGCUGGGAGUGCUGCGCUCCAGAGAGAAAGUGAUUGACAUUGAGGUUAAUGGGUCACCAGUAGACCUGCAAAUGAAGCUGGGUGAUAAUGGAGAGGCUUUCUUCGUCCAGGAGACCCAACGUUCUGAUGAAUUGGUCCCUGCUCAUCUGGUCACUUCACCGAUCCCAACUGAAGAACCAGAGCUGUGGGUCCCUGACUCUCACGUGUGUGACUCAUCAAAUGAGAAUGGAGUAACAGAGGAUGGAGGGAGUAUCAUGAUGAAAAAGAAGAAAAGAAGAAAAAGAAAACACAAAACAACUGAGCAGAGGAGAGAAGAGUCAGAGAUGCCAUCGGUUUGUGCACAGAGGGAUUCUGCUGAACUCAGACAGCAUCUGCCUUCUUGCUACAUCGAUAACUACCCACUGUCUGAUGGAGACUGGACUCCAGACAGUAGGAGGGUGUCAGAGCCCAGCUCUCCUAAGAGUGACUCAGAACUGGUAAUGAGGUCAUCCGAAAAGGUCAUCCUCCAUCACAACCAUAUGCAGUGGACAUGGGGAGAACUUCCAGAAGCCACCAAGUUAAGUUGUAGAGAAUGGGUGGAGCCUUUGAAGACGGUCAGCAUUACACCAACAGACCGUACUCACUUUCGGGUCAUUGACAGCAUAAAAUCCAUGGCAACAAGGAUAGAGCAGAGAAAGGAAUCUGUUCAAGCAAUCAUCAAACCCCAGCCUCAGCCUCCCACCUCCAAACAAGAACAUCAGCUACAGCCACAAUCCACAACAAACCAAGGAGUCAUUAAAAUAAACAAACUAAUAUAUUUUCCACAUGGAUCAGAACAUUAUAGUACUGGACCUGACUCUGAUCCUCAAACACAAGCAAACGAAUUGGAGUCUUAUAUCUACAAAUCACAAACUCAUGUGCAUCACAUCGAGGGUCAGACAUGCAGACUGGACCAACACACAUCCAAAGCUGAACAGUAUACCUCAAAGUCAGAUUCUUCAGUGUCAAACCCUGAUUUUACUGGUUCAAUGGAGGGAGGCCAGUUUCCUGUGUGUGUGCCUCAGACUGCUGACGCUUGUCUGGCGGGGGACAAACCAGAUGCAACCUGCAAACAGAAAGGAGUGAGGAAAAGGAGUCAGCAUCAGGGUCCAGAGGAUAUCUACCUGGAUGACCUCACUGCUUUAGAGCCACAUGUUGCAGCUCGCUACUUCCCUAAAAGUGGGUCAGUGGAGCAGUGGGAGGAAGGGUGUGUUCGAUCUGGUUCUCCUCAGUCAGUGGGCAGUACAGCCACAGACAGUGGGACAGAAUGUCUGUCUGACUCCACACUGGACCUGCCAAGCAUAUCCCUGUCACUCUGCGGAGGCCUUGGAGACAAUGCUCAUGUUAAUAAGGAGAAGUUCUUGGAACAUAUCGUCACCUAUCAGCAGUUUGUUGACAACCCAGACAUCAUCAACAACCCAAAUUUGGUUGUAAGAAUUGACAACAGAUACUACAACUGGACUCUGGCUGCUCCACUCAUUCUCUGUAUGCAGGCCUUUCAGAAAACUCUGCCCAAGGCAGCUGAGGACACCUGGGUGAAACAGAAAAUGCCAAAGAAGACGAACCGCUGGUGGUUCUGGAGGAAGAACAGUGUACAGCAGUCAGAGACCCAACACCUGGCAUUCAGUGGAAACCUGCACCAUUAUCAGGACAGCCCUGAUCCACAGCAAAUGGCAGCAGCAGACUCGUCCACUGAUGAAGACUCUAAGGAGGUGAACACAGCCGAAUGUGUUGAGCGCAUACAAGCAGCAGGCCAUAAACACACACACUCCUACAAGAAAUCAUUACGGCUCUCAUCAGAUCAGAUUGCAAGUCUGGGCCUUAAGGAGGGGCCGAAUGAUGUGGUGUUUAGUAUCACAACACAGUACCAGGGCACAUGUCGAUGUGAGGGCAGCAUCUAUCUAUGGCAUUGGAAUGACAAGAUUGUCAUCUCUGACAUUGAUGGCACCAUCACUAAGUCUGACGUUUUAGGACAUUUCCUUCCACAGUUUGGAAAAGACUGGACACAUCAGGGCAUUGCUAAGCUCUACCACACUAUUCAUGAGAAUGGCUACAAGUUCUUAUACUGCUCAGCACGUGCGAUUGGGAUGGCUGAUAUUACUAGAGGAUAUUUACAAGGGGUUAAUGACAGUGGUGUCAUUUUACCACCAGGGCCUCUCAUGCUCUCACCGAGCAGCCUGCUUUCGGCUUUCCACAGGGAGCUGAUUGAGAAGAAACCAGAGAAGUUCAAGAUUGAGUGCUUAACUGACAUCAGAAAUUUGUUCCUUUCAAACUCUCAACCUUUCUACGCAGCCUUUGGCAACCGCAGCAAUGAUGUGUUUGCCUACAAGCAGGUGCAAGUUCCUACAAGUCACAUAUUCACAGUAAACCCUAAAGGAGAGGUCAUUCAGGAGCUGACCAAAGGCAACAAGACAUCAUAUAAUCACCUCAGUGAGCUAGUGGACCACAUUUUCCCUUUGGUUGGCAAAGAGCAAAGUGCUGCUCUGAAUUAUCCAAAAUUCAGUUCCUUCUGCUACUGGAGGCAGCCUGUUGCUGAGAUUAGUCAGGAAGACAUCCUGUUACUCUGAUUGGUGGAGACCUGAAUUAAUUUUAGCUAAAUCACAGUUACUGUUUAUAAUUAUUCAAACAUUUUAAGCAUAAAAUUGCUGAACAGAAAAACGAUCAAUAUUUAGAAUUUAUUCAAAUAUAUUGAAGAUUUCUUAUGAGAUUACAACAAAAUUACAACAAGACUCCACAUGUUCAUCAAGACUCCCACUGUCAAGCCCAGUGGCCAUCAGCUGGAUCAUAAGGCCUGGGCGCAACUGAAUUGUAUACACACUGGCUGUUGCAGGACUCGCGCAUUCCUUAAAUCCAUUGGUGCGUGCGAUAACCAUACCUGCAAAUGUGGUUUGCCACAGACAUUGCAGCACUUAAUCCAUGCCUGCCCAACCUUGCGACCCCCAAACAGCCUGGAAGGUCUAAUAGAACUUGACACCGAUACAGCCAAAUGGCUCAAGAGCAUCCCCGUUUGACAAGAGGUUAAACAAACGAUGACGACACAAAAUCUACAAUUAUUAAACCUAUUUCUAGACACGAGUAUUAAGUUUAAGCCUGAAAUUGCUUUAAGCUCACAUUCACACCAAUGGGCAAUUUAGAGUAGCCAGUUGACCUAAUCCUCAUAUUUUUGGACUGUGGGAGGAAACCGGAGUGCCCGGAGGAAAAACCACGCAGGCACAGGGAGAACAUGCAAACUGCAAACAGAAAAGCCACGAGGUUCAAACCCAGAACCUUCCUGCUAUGAGGUAACAGGGCUAACCACUACACCACCCUAUACAGAAUUUACUUUAGACAAACUGACCUAUAUAAAAGUAACUUUAUUUGAUAUUUUUUGUAGCAUGUAUAGUAGGUCUCAGCUAAAAGCCUCAUGUCUGCAAGUGUGGAGCAGCCUCAUGGCUCCAGGGCCUCCAGUUUGAGCCUAAGCUCAGGUUAUGGUCUGUGUUGAGUUUUGCAUGUCCACUCCAUGUUGGUGCGAGUUGACUCCAGGUUCUCUUGAUUCCUCCCUCCUCACAAUAAAUAAAUAAAUAAACAAACAUAUGCCAGUUAGUUGACUUACCAUCACAAUCAGUGUGUUAUUGUGUUUUGUCUGUAAUUUUCCAUAUUUCUAUCCCAUUUAACUGGCCUGUCUGUGUAAUGCUGCUGAUUAAACUGAUUAUGUUGUGAAAGUGGAGAGAUGAAUUAUGUUAAUAAGUCAGUUAUAAAUAAUACUAGCUGCCCCACUGUAAGACAAAUUUUGAUAAUGUACAUAUAUUUUUAUUUCACUUUAGACCAAGUCUUAAAAAAAAAAAAGUCACAGGAGACUAUAAAAGGCUUUAUAUGAAACUGGAAGCUUGUUUACACAUUGGUUUGUAGAAUAGUCUGUAGUCGGAUAUUUAAAAAAAAAUUGCUCCAAUUUAAAGUUUGCUCAAGCUAUAAGCUUUAUUAGAAAGAAAUGUAAUCCAUCACAUUUUAAAAUGAUGUACAGCAGGGUUUUUUUUAAAUGUCUUUACUUUUUGUAUUUGGCUUUCAUACUGAGAUUGCCGGAAAAAAAUUUAUUUAU